CGACAUCCUUUGCGGUGCCGUGGCACAUGGAUUUCAGGACUGCCUGUGAAGAGACAAAGACAGGGAUUUGUUUGCUGCAGGAUGGUAAUCAGGAGCCUUUCAAAGUCCGGCUGCACCUAGCUAAAGACAUUUUGAUGAUCCAGGAGCAAGAUGUGAUAUGUGUGUCUGGUGAACCUUUCUAUUCUGGUGAAAGAACGGUGACCAUUAGAAGACAAACUGUAGGAGGCUUUGGAUUAAGCAUCAAGGGGGGAGCAGAGCACAAUAUUCCAGUUGUCAUUUCAAAAAUCUCCAAGGAGCAAAGAGCGGAACUUUCGGGUCUGCUCUUUAUCGGGGAUGCAAUUCUGCAGAUAAAUGGAAUUAACGUGAGAAAAUGCAGACAUGAAGAAGUGACCUCAAGGAGGCAACCUUUGCUGUUCUUGGUGAGAAGCCACGGUUCCAAGAGCAGCGAAGGCAGGGUGGUUACUGCUGUGUCCGCGUUGGGCAGUGUCUUGUUGAGAUUCAUCCUGGGCCCUGAGAAGCUCCCAUAUGAAGAGGCGGGCAGUUCUCAUCAUGAAGGGACAGUAGCUGGAAUCCUCCAUAUUGUGAAAACUUGUGGUCCUGUGGUAGCGGGAGGCCUUCUAGAAGUCACGUCUACACGGGCGCUACUGGAAGUCUCCCCGAGAGGCUUCUGGAGGGCUAUGUCCCGAAGUAGUUCUGGGACAUGUCCAGAUGCUACAAACUACCACCGAAGUCAUGGAAGGGAGAUGGUCAGUUCCGGUGGCGAGCAGAAUCCUAGCCGGCCCUGGAGUGCUCGGCCCGCCGUGCCAUGCGUUACACACCUAUUUAUGGAGUCUCCAGUUUAUGAAGCAAAGAUAGGAACGAGUCAGCAGUGUUGUUGUAGCGAUUUCCCAGUCCAUUACCAAGGAAGUGCAGCACAGCGUACUCGGGUGGCCCCAACAAUGUUGCUAAUGAAGGCUCAACCUUCCGCCCUGCCACCUGGCAGCCACUGUGAGCCCAGGUGUAAUCUGUGGGUGUUAAUGUAUUCACCUGCGCUCACACCUCAGAGACGGCCAUCUGAUCGGUCAACUGUCAUUCUGCAGAUUCCUUUGAAACCUGAACGUGAAGGCAGGUGCACAGGGCCAGAGGACCCUCUGACCCCAUUCAGGAAAGCCGUUCGAUUACAAUUUCCGCUCAACUCUUACCCCAUAAUACACGUAGACACGUUGUCAUGUUCGUCCUGGCCAACAUCUCCAGGCUUGAGAUGGGAAAAACGAUGGUGUGACCUUAGGCUGAUCCCACUGCUUCAUUCACGUUUCUCUCAGUAUGUGCCUGGGACAGACUUGAGUCGGCAAAAUGCUUUUCAAGUCAUUGCUGUGGACGGGGUCUGCAGUGGGAUUAUUCAGUGCCUCUCUGCUGAAGACUGUAUUGACUGGCUACAAGCAAUAGCAACCAAUAUUUCAAACCUCACAAAGCACAAUAUUAAAAAAAUCAACAGAAACUUUCCCGUAAACCAGCAGAUAGUCUACAUGGGCUGGUGUGAAGCACGGGAGCAGGAUCCUCUACAAGAUCGAGCAUACUCGCCAACAUUUCUAGCCCUGAGGGGAUCCUGUCUUUACAAGUUUCUGGCACCUCCGGUGACAACGUGGGACUGGACCCGAGCAGAGAAAACAUUCUCCGUGUAUGAGAUUAUGUGCAAGAUUCUCAAGGACAGUGACCUGCUGGACCAGCGGAAACACUGCUUCACUGUGCAGUCUGAGUCUGGAGAAGACCUCUACUUCUCCGUGGAGUUGGACUCUGACCUCGCCCAGUGGGAACGAGCCUUCCAAACAGCAACCUUUCUGGAAGUGGAACGGAUACAGUGCAAGACGUAUGCAUGUGUGCUAGAAAGUCAUCUAAUGGGACUCACGAUCGACUUUAGCACAGGAUUUAUCUGCUUUGAUGGUGCAACAAAGGCUGUACUUUGGAGGUAUAAGUUUUCUCAGCUUAAAGGUUCUUCAGAUGAUGGCAAGAGCAAAAUCAAAUUUUUGUUUCAGAAUCCAGAUACUAAGCAGAUUGAAGCAAAGGAGCUGGAAUUUUCAAAUCUGUUCGCUGUUCUCCACUGCAUUCAUUCGUUCUUUGCUGCCAAAGUAGCUUGUUUGGACCCUCUCUUUUUAGGCAAUCAGGCUGCAGCUUCCGCUGCUCCCAGCUCUGCUACAACAAGCAAAGCCAAGUACACAACCUGACACACGGGGCUUCCUUUUGCCAUGUACCAUGACUGUACAAACCGAAUAAACAUCCUCAUCAUUUUAGACGCUGGAGAAACAAUGGUGUCACCAGGUCGACAGUGAAUUCGAUUUGAAAUUUCAGCAGAAAACAAGAAGGUCCUAAGGGAUCUCAAAAGCAUUUCUGUUUUGGAAGGCAUUUGUGAAUAAUCUUAAAAGAACCUAACAGCUCGUUCUCACUCAGUUUAUUUGUACCAGUAUUUCAUCAAAAGUGAAGACAAAAAAAUGAAUGAUUCAAAGUAUGUACAUAAUAUAAAA